UUCGUUUUGGUUAGAAAAACAUAUAUAGUGUCUUUAUGUCUUAAAAAAAGGUGAGUUAGUGUUUUUCUGACUUAUUUCAAGAUCUGGAGAUUUAUCUCAAGAUCAUACGCAUACGCAGUGUAAGUUGCUAUUGGGAUGUGUUAAAAUCUACAAUAAGUAAUAACUUUCCCAGGUAACUAGUGUUAUUUAAGCGGUGACUGGUACUUCAGGUGACUUUUUAUCGAACAACCCAAGCUGACAUAUUAUGCGAGGGAGAUAUAGGUGAUCGUGUUAUGGACGGGUAUGAUAUACGCUUUUCCUGCAGGCACGAACAGUAAUGUUGUACUGGAGAGCCCCAUCAGUACGAACACAAUUCAAAGAAUCUAUGAAACUUCGGAAAUUAAAGACAAUGAAGAGACACGGUUACUGAAGAAGGUGUUUUUGUCUAAUCGAUCAAUUACAUGCAACGAUGGCUCGCAGGCAGGAUUCUACUUAAGAAAGUCGCAUUCGAGUAAGACCUGGAUCAUUUACCUAGAAGGCGGUUGGUACUGCUUCGAUCAACAGACGUGUCGAAAUCGAUGGUUGCGUCAAAGGCAUUUUAUGACUUCCUCGCAAUGGCCGGAAACGAGAAAUGAAGGUGGGAUUUUAUCACCCAAUGAAGAGGAAAAUCCCUUCUGGUGGAACGCAAAUCAUGUGUUUGUGCCAUAUUGCACCAGCGAUUCUUGGAGCGGUUCUCGAAAAUCACGCGAUGAAAUGUUUACUUUUAUGGGAACGUUAAUAGUACAACAAGUAGUAAAAGAUUUAGUGCCUCUUGGUUUAAAGAACAGUACAAAACUUUUGCUAACGGGAAGCAGCGCCGGUGCGGUAGGGGUUAUGAUCAAUUUGGACCCUACUAGGGCACUGUUAAACGAUGUUUUAAAUCUUAAACAAAUUGAGGUGCGGGGCGUGGCCGAUUCUGGUUGGUUUCUAGACCGCACCCCAUACGCUCCAACGUUGAGGCCAGCUGUAGACGCAAUUCGAAAGGGCAUGCAGCUUUGGCACGCCAAGGUACCCAAAAGGUGUCGUAAGAUUUACGGAAGCGAGCCGUGGAAUUGCUACUUUGGUUACCGUUUAUACCCAACUCUGAAAACGCCUCUCUUCAUAUUCCAAUGGCUGUUUGAUGAGGUUCAAAUGAACGCUGACAAUGUAGGUGCUCCAGUUACGAAGCAGCAGUGGGAUUACAUUCACAAAAUGGGAGACGCUUUACGUCAAAGCUUUGAAAAUGUUUCAGCCGUAUUCGCCCCUUCUUGCAUUUCUCAUUCAGUCCUGACAAAAAAAGAUUGGCUUAAUGUUAAAAUUGAAGACGUUUCGCUACCACAGGCACUUUACUGUUGGGAAAGGCAGCAUUUAAAACCUCGAAAAAAGAAGCACAAUCGGGGACCUUCCAUAGCGUCCGAGGAAUCUACACUAUUUUCGCAUCGGCUUAAUCGAAAAUUCAAGAAUUUUGACUUACUUGAACAACGAAACGCCACAAGCGACGAUGAGCGAACCAGCCAUAAAAGAAAGCGACGAAAGAGAAGGAGGAAAGAGCGAGGCAAGGAAAGAAAAUGUUGCACAUUCAAAGGACAGAAUGAGCGAUGUGAGAGCAAUGUUGCCCCACAGAAUCAACGUUCUAGAAGAUCAGUUCUGAAAGCACAAAAAGGUUCCAAUUCUGAAGUUUGUUCGCAUAGGCGACUGGAAAGAUGUACAUGGCCACAGUGUAAUCGAUCGUGCCCGAGAUUGCAUAAUCCGUUCACCGGUGACGAAAUGGACUUCAUUGAGUUAUUAAAGUCGUUUGGUCUAGAUAUGGAAAGUGUCGCAGAUGCCCUAGGUAUAGACAUGCCAACUUUUAAUAAUAUGGACCCUUCAGAAUUACUAAAUCUACUGACCCAACAAUCUAGCUGAUAAAGUUUCAUAAUUAUUAUUUCAUUUGUACUGUUCCUUUCCCUAUUUCUAACUGCCAUUUGAACGAUGUCUUGGUCUUUAGUCUUAAUCGAUGUCGUAUUUGACAACUAAAUUAACACUUCACAAUAAUUGAAACAAACGGAAGGAGUAAAUGCACCAAUUUAGUUUGUAAAUAGUUGUACAGUUGUUAAAUUUAUAUUUUUUAAGUUGGUUGCUUAUUUAUACCUUAUUUGCGUAUAAAUCCGUUUUAAUAGCUAUCCAAAGAUUUGCCCAAAUAGUAACCAUAGGACUGAUUUUUGUUCUACCUCACUAUCUUAGAUUGUACUUGCUAAGUUAGUUACUCAGAAUUCAAGCUUUCACCUUUCUACACAAGACUGAAAUAAGUAUAGAAUUAAACGGUUAAUAGCUUUAUUCGUUGUAAUAUCAGUACUUAUGUAAAUACAUAACAAUUUCAAUGGUUAAACGCUAAGAUUGGCCUUAUUUGCUACUAACUACGUUUACAUUGAUUAUGUGAGGGUCUCUCUUAAUGUAUUUCUGAAUAAAGUACAGAUUAAAUCCGUGUACCUGGUAAAAUAUCAGUAUUGUAAGGUUAGUACUUUCAGUAAUGUAGGUGUAAUGCCAGAGUUUUUAUUUAAUUCAUGCACAAAUGCUCAAUUUACCAGAAUCUUAUUAUACGUAAAGUACCUUGUAAUUUAUUUAUUAUAUAUAUUGAGUAGAUUAAGAAAAUGUAAAAACAAAUAUAUUUUUGUACAAAGUUAUAUAGUUAUAACAUCCGCAUUGUCCCAAAUGAGAAUGAAGUCGAUUGAAUUUUACUUUUAUUUUCAAAAUGUUUGAUUUGAACUAAAAUGGCACUUUAAUUUAUUAUCUAACUACUAGAAUGCCUACAGCCAGCUUCAAUUUAUUGUAAUGUAAUGAACUUAAGGCACAAAUCUAAAUAUAAAU